CCGGCAACUCUGUUGUUGAUAUUGAAAGUUCCACAAGACUUUUCAGUCAAUGGGAAGGACCGGCCGGGGAGUGCUGCUCAUUCAUGGCGGGGCCGAGUGCUCGGAGCCCGCGGGGGGCCCCUUCGCUGCUGCCAGAUAUUCGCCAUCCUGCCCUCCUCCUGGGGGACCCGGGGACCCUUUCCGUGCGGGGGCUCUCCCGAGCCGCAGGAAAAGAGGACCUGUCUGCUUCCUCGCGAGGUUCCGGCAGGAGGACCGCGCCACGUGACAACCUGAGAAACUACGGGGGCGAUCACCUGGACAGCUGGCGGAACCUGGACCGAUGGGCCAACAUUGACAGGACAUUCUCGGAGCGACACACAAAUGAGAAGAAGGAAGACUCCUCGGCCUCUCCCUCCACUCGGCUAGAAACUGAAAAGCUCAGAUUCCGUCUGCUGGAGAAGAUAAACGGCGGCGGAUUCUAUGACCUGAAAAGGCAAUUCUUGUCCCACGACCCAGAAUGCCGAGGGAGAGUGACCAGGGAUGCUCUGCUGGUGAUCCUGACUACGUUCCUCGGCCGGUUUAUUAGCAGAAUUCAGUUUCAGCAUCUCCUCAGCAGGUUACGUCUGGAUGAGAAACCCAUCGUCACGUUUGACUCGUUCUACGAUCACUUCAAGCUGGAAGAGAAUACAAACCCUCCAGACUGGCUGGACCCCAUGAAGAGGAAACAGAAAGCAGCUGUGAAGACCGCCCACGAGGUUCACCUGGAGCUCAGGGACAUGGCCAAUAACAGAUAUUUUGAACUUUUGAAGCUUUUUCCGAAGGAUUCCCUGACCUCGUCUGAAUUCCACAGCGCGCUAUCCAAGCUGGGUGUAAGGAUGACUGAGGAAGAGUUCAAGAGAUUGUGGCACCGAUACAUCAGAGAAGACAACGGGAUCCUAAAGAUUGAAGACCUGCGGUGUCAUCUAGGAGCAAAGGCUGCUCAGGAGUUGUAUGAAGACCGUAGCUUGCUGCUCUCUGGACUCCAGAAAGUGUCUAGAAGCCGAGAAGACCAAAAAAUGAGCACACGAGUCGGAUCACGGACAAGAAAUGAGAGGAAGUUGUCCCUCAGUAUUGAGAAGUGGUUGAAGGAGAGAUUCAGAGAGGGGGCUCGAGCCAUGAUGGCCGAAUUCCUGGUGUGUGAUCCAGAGAGGACCCACAAGGUCUCAAGAGACGACUUCCUUCAGGUUUUGGAGAGAUUUCAGCUCCACCUCACUGGGGACCAGUUGGGUCAUUUUCUUGCUCGUUGUGGUUUGGAUGAGAAUUCCUCAGAUGUGGACUAUGUGGACUUUCUACAGCGUAUACAGACAAGGAGGAAGAGCGGAAGAGCCCACAAGAUCCUUAGCAAACAGGAAAACAGGGCAGCGGACAGGAGGUCUGUGAGCUCGGCGUCCACUACGGGCACCUUAGAGGGAAAGCUCUUGAAUUAUCUCCAUGCCGAGUUUAGCGCCCUCCUCGAGGAGUUCAGGAAGGCCGAUACCAACAAAGUGAAUGUAAUCAGCCAGCAAGACUUCAGAGGGAUCCUGGAGAGGAGGUUCUGUAUAAAGGUGACAGAUGAAGAAUUUGCCCACCUGCUGGAGAGAAUUCCAGCCGAUCAUCAAGGAGCCAUCAGAUACCGGGACUUCAUGGCCAAGUUCGAUAGCGGGGAUGAGAAUCUGAGCCUAUGGGGAGGAAACAAAACAAUUCUGACUGACUGCAGCCAAAAACCAAAAGCAAUCAGUAAAGUCGGGAACAGCGCCAAGAAGGAGAAACGGCAAGGGAGGAGUGCGGAGCAGCUUACCGGAAUCAUCAAAAAUCUCGUAAAGAAUAAUUACGAAUCUCUGGAAAGGAAUUUUAAUGAGAUGGACCCCAUGAAUACCCGGAGGAUGACGGCAGAGAGCUUGUACCAGCUGCUGAAAAGGUGUGACAUUCACCCGGAAAUUUCCAGAGAGGAGGUCGGGAAGGUCUGGAAAACGUUGAUCCAGAAUCAGGACCAGACGGUGGACUACUUCCAGUUCGUCAGACACUUUGGCUUUUCCGUCAAGUCUUCAUGUUUCCCCAACGCCAAGAUCUCUCCGCCGGUGCGAGGCGACGGCGACUGUCUGAUCCGCUCUCUGAAACUGAAUUCCGACACCAAGAUCAUCGCAAAUUUCCUGCAGACCAAGGUCAAGCUCCUCCUCCCUGACCUCUGGAGACAGUUCCGGGAAUCGGACCCUCAAAAUUCCGGAUGUGUCACCAAAGAAGAGUUCCUUGACACUGUGCAGGAGCUGAGCCCGGACCUGACUGAUCACCAGUGUGACACUUUAGCUGCAAAGUUCGGUCACGGGCCAAAUAAAAUUUCGUAUGUGAAGUUCCUUCAGCCGUACCAGACCGGAACCCCCCCAAUCAAACACAAUGGAGGGAGAGCAGCAACAGCGGAGGCCAAGGUGACCCCUCCACAGUGGCCCAUGGAUCCCGGUCUGAAUGUCAUCACCUCCAAACUACGACAGAAGCUCUCCUCUGGGGAUUGGAGGAACCUUCUUCAUACAUGCCAGAAACUGGACACAGACGGUUCUGGUUUCCUCCUCCUCCCGGAGUUCCGGUCGGUGGUGAAACUCUGCAACAUGGUCCUGGAUGAAGAUGACAUUUAUGCGUUCAUGUCUCACUAUGAUAGAGAUCUAGCUGGGAAGAUCGACUACUCGCGGCUUGUGUCUGAUCAGAAGAGGAAGUGAUGACGGAAG